GCAGAGCCCGCGUCGCCGGCACCGGCAGAGGGCGCUGCAGAGCCCGCUCCUGGUCCACGCUCUCCUCACAGGGCGCUGCGUGUGCAGACUGGCCUCGCCCUCGCGUCUGUCAGCCAUCAGGCCUGUUGGGGACUCCGCACCUCACCGCACCUCACCGCAGGACAAGGGAGCCGGCAGCAUGGAGGGCGAGAGGACAAAGGGGAUGAUCUCGGGGUUCAUGCUCAGCGCCCUCACUUUCCAGCACCUCAACUCCAACGCGGACGAGGAAGGUUUUCUUCUUGGGGAAAUAAGAGGUGAAUCAAACGAGAGCACUACAGACUCUCAGUGGAGUGAGACUGAAAUUGUUUACACAAUUGACAUACAAAGGUACAUUCCUUGCUUUCAGCUUUUCAGCUUUUAUAACUCAUCAGGUGAAGUAAAUGAGCAGGCACUGCAGGAGAUCAUCCUGGGCUGUGAAAAGAAUGUGAUUGGAUGGUACAAAUUAAGACAUUACUCAGACCCAGUGACGGCACUUCGAGAGAGGGUUCUUCAUGAAAAUUUACAGCAACAUUUUUCAAAUCAAGGACUUUUUUUUCUGUUACUGACAUCAAGUAUAAUCACAGAAAACUGCUCUACUCAUAGACUGGAUCAUGCACUGCUUAGACUUGAGGAAGGAUUUUUCCAUAAAGUGCCUUUAGAGGUGGCUAUGUGGGAACAGCAGGGAUAUAAGACCGUGUCAGGUUCCUAUAGAUCCGCUGCCUUUGGACGAACAAUGCACACACACAGGUCAGAAUUUUUUAAGGAAGAUGGAACUUUAAAAGAGGUACAGAAAAUAAGUGAACUUUACCUUACUGUGCAGGAAGAAUUAAAGGAAAUAGGCAGUGGAUUAUCUGAGAGUGAGCAGUUAGUAGGAAAACACAUGAACGAUAUCCGUUUACUAAAAGAGGAACUUGCAAGAAGAAAGAGACCAAAGACAGGAAGAAGCGGUGACCCAGAAGUGGAAGAGAAUGUUUUACUCUGUCAGGCUUUACGUACCUUUUUCCCAGGUCAAGAAAGCCUUCAUUCAAGUAGUGUUUGUUUGAAAGGCAGGCUGAUCGCUAGUAAGUGCUGUAACACUGACCAUAAGCUGAGGGUAGUGAGGGAAUUAACUCUGAUGUCAGGAAGCCCUGAUCUUCCAGAAGCUGAAGGAACAGGAUGCGAAAAGAAGUAUAAGCCUCUUGACUUGGAGAGCCAAAGCCCUGUCAAGAAAGCACGUGUGUUACAGCUUCAGAAUCAGUGCCCUGAAGGAGAUGAUGGCAACAAUGAUGGGGAAGAAGUACUGACAAGCAGCAUAGAAACAGAUGCAGAUGCUGAGAAAAUGAAGGACAUGAUCUAAUACAGAAAGUCUGCAACUUCUUGAACCUUUCCUAUACUUUUUCUUGUCCUGAAGGACCAAAAGGGAACAGGGUGAAAACGUUGCCUGGGUUACUCCUUGGAUAAGUUCUGAUUGUUUUCUUAAAGUACUGCUUCAGAGAAAAUGUUUUGGAAAACUAUUGCUACAUUAGGAAUGUGGUACUAUUUUAAUUUUUAUUCCAGUAUUCUAAGAGUAUGGCAAAAAUUCCUAGGCCUUUUCAAGGUUGGUUUUUUGUCAUAUAAGCUUCCAUGCAAACUAUUCAUCCAAUUUCUAGAUGAGAUAUUUCUGUAAAAAAGAAACCCUAAAACCGGAAGCUUUCUUUUUUUUAAACUUUGGUCUAGGAAAUACAGGCCACACUAAAAAGUUCAAUUUCAGGAUUCACCUACUCAAGUUUUCAGUG